AUGAAACAAAUUAAUGAUGAAAUAUGUAGAUUGUGUUUAAGAACUGAUGAUUCGAUGAUGUGUUUCCAAAAUUUUAAUAACGAGGGCGAAAAUCAAAAUUCUUUCAUAGAAAAAGUUUACAAAAUUAGUUCAAUCAAGAUCUCGUGCCAUGAUGGCUUACCAAAUGUAGUUUGUUUCUUAUGCAAGAGAAAAAUUGAUGAAUUUUAUGAUUUUCGUUCGCAGAUCAUUGAAACAGAAACAAUUUUACGUAAAUGUUUAAAUAUAAAAACUUCGAAUGAUUGCGAUGAAAACCAUGAUGAGAUGCAGUUGGUAUGUGUGGAAGAAGAUGGUACUCAAGUAUUCACUCUUGAUGAACAGUUUAAUAAUGGCGAUGACAGUGUAGUAGUGCUUCCAGUCAAUAAAAAUGGCGGUAAUCAAUUGAAAGAUAAUAUUAAUAAUAACGAAAAAGAUGAAGUAGUACUCUAUCCAAAGAAACAAAGUUCAAUCAAUGCGCCUUUGCCUUUAAAUCUAAUAGACGUUAGUUAUAUUUCAUCUUCAAAUUCAAAUUUAAACCUAGAUGAUACAAAAAUUAUGGCUCAAAGUACCAGUACAAAUAUUGUAAAUAAUGAUAAGUUCAUUGAAUCAGAUCAAAAGAAGAGUGUACAGAUUGAAACACAAAAAGCGGAAGAUGAAUUUAGUAAACUAAAUUUUAGUCCCAACAAGUUUAGCAAUAAUUUCAACGAAAAUAAAUGUGUUGUAAGCUGUCAAUUAUGUUUGAAACAAUUUCUUAAAUACGAUCAACUUCAAGUACACAUUUCAAAUCAUUUCGACGGAUUUCAUAAUUACGAAACUUUAGUUGAUGAUUUUUCCGAUGGUGAAAUAGAAGAAGAACAAAAUACCUUAAAACAAUCAAAUAAACCUCUUGUGUGCAAAUAUUGUUUGAUUUGUACAGAAAAUUUAAAUGAACAUAUCAAAAAUGAGCAUUCUGAUGAGAAAUUUAUUUGUAAACAUUGUUUGCAGACAUUUAAAAAUGAAAAAAUGUUUAAAUCUCAUUUACGGCAUACUCAUUAUAUUUUACAAUGUAAUUUAUGUCCCAAUAAAUUUAAAAGCUAUCUACAACUCCAAAGUCAUUUAUCUUCUGUUCAUUAUAAAGGGGCAUUAUGGUGUCCACCCUGUUCAAAAGCUUUUACGCAAAAAUAUGAUUUUAUAUUACACCAGCGGCGACAUCUUGGUAUAAGGCCAUUUCAAUGUAAAUAUUGUGAUAAAAAAUUUGUUACUAUUACAUUGUGUAAAGAACAUGAGCGUAAACAUACUAAAGAGACGACAUUCCUUUGUAAAUAUUGCGGUAAAAGCUACGUUCGAAUAUCUGAUUUACGUAACCAUGAAAAAACUGUACAUACAAAGGAAGGUCCGAUUAAUUGCAAAGUUUGUAAUAAAUUAUUUUCAAAUUUAUCUAGUUAUAAAUUACAUUCGAAAAGACACGAGCUUGGUUUACGAUUUGUGUGUAAAUUCUGCAAUAAAGCAUAUUAUUCUAACUCUGAAUUACAACGACAUGAACAAAUUCAUUCUGGUACGAGAAAAUUUCCUUGUGAUUUGUGUGAAAAUUCUUUUAUGUCACAACCGGAACUCAAUAGGCAUUUAAAAUAUCACAAAGGUGACAAGCAAUAUAAAUGUAAUGUAUGCGGAAAAUGUUAUUACGAAAGUGGACAUCUAAGAAUUCAUGAACGUUCGCAUACAGGUGUGAAACCAUUUGAAUGUAAAGUCUGUUCGAAACGGUUUGUAUCUCGUGCAAAAUUAUUAAGGCAUGCAAAAAUUCACGAUCAAAAUAAGGGUCAAAAUAAUGUGGAAAAACAAAUUGAACAACCAAAAACAAAUUUUCAAAAUGUGAAUGAUAAUUUCUUAACGAAUUUGCCGAAUCAAACAAUUCAAUUUUUUAAUGAUCAGAUUGUUAUAUUGAAUGAAAAUGAUGGUACAAUUUUGAAAUCUACUGAUAUAGUAAAUGAGGGGGCGAAAAUGGUAGAAUCGAAUGAAGCGAAAAAUAGUAUGGAAAUCGAAAAUUAUAAUAAAGUAAUGAAAAUGGAAAAUGUAAUUGUGGAUGAUGUAAGCAACGUAUUUGAAAUACAAAUGUCGGAGGGAAAUAUUGUUUUGAUGGAAAAUGAUGAGAAUUUAAUGAAUGACCAAGAUGUUAUU